UAAGAGGGCAAUGAAACAAAGCAGUUCAAACAAUAGAAAAUUGAAUAUAAAUAGCCUUUAUAUUAGGCUACUUUUGUUAGCGAUCUUGGCAAGCUUUGCAUGGAUAAUAGUUGAGGGUUUGGAAUGCUAUGCCUGCGACUCCACAGAGGAUCCGGAAUGUGCAACAAAACCAGGACAGCAAAUAUCGGUUGAAGAGUGCUCUUCGGGUAAUGAUGAAUGUGUUCAAGUUGUUGUAUCAGGCAUAACCAGACGUGGCUGCCUCUCUCGUCUCUUCCCCUCACGCUAUUGUCCGGAACCCUGUGAACGCUGCAAGAAGAACCUAUGCAAUCGUGAUGUAUUUCCCCAUAACCGCUUGCGUUGCUAUCAAUGUCUGGGAGCAGAUUGUGUUAAUGUGGCCAACAAACCUCAGCUUAUAAUGGCCUGUCCAUUUUAUCAUGAAAAUGAUCGUUGCUUUAUGAAAGUUUUGCAUGCCAGCAAUGUCCAUAGGGGUUGCGAGCAUUCAGUAACAGAUGCCAACGAUUGUCCGAACACCUGCAUCAAAUGCAAUCGAGAUGGUUGUAACAAAGAACCUGGUAUAUUGGAAAGAAACUGCCUUGAGUGUAGCCACACCGCCGCAAGUCCCAAUCCUGAAUGUUGGCGUGGCCAAGAUUUAAACGAAAAUUCCCUAUGCGUAUCUCGAACUUCAACACAUUGUCAAAAUAAAAAUCUUUAUGGUGAGGAAAGUCAGUGCUUUACCUAUAUCAAUGACCAAACAGGUGUGGUAAAUCGAGGAUGUUCUUCCAAAAAGCCAUUUUAUCCCACAGGAAACCUUACGGAAUGCUACGGAGAAAACUGUAAUAAUGGUUGCCUAACCAUAUCCUGCAACAUUUGUAACUCUGCUAAUGAUGCAAACUGCAUACAGGGAAAGAAUCUAAGAGCUAGCAAAUGUUCAGAGGGGACAAAUGCUUGUUAUUCUUGCGAAAGUGGAAAACAUGUAAGAAGAGGUUGUGCCAAUGAUGAAUUUUAUUCGACUCGUCAAAACGAUGAGGCUUGCUAUUUCUGUCACGAUUCAACGUCAACAACGGGUUGUAAUCGUUUUCCCAUAAGAACUUGUUACUCCUGUUCCUCUUUGGAUGAUGAAGAUUGUGAUUUGAUGACUUAUGCAGAUACAGCUAACCAAAGAAAUUGUUCCACCCAUGAGGAUUUGUGUGUUAGCACUGUGGCUUCGAAGUUGCAACUUACCUAUGUCUUGCGGGGAUGUGCCUCAUAUCUUGAAGAGUGUACCAAAAAUGAUCCUUUGUGUGUGCGAUGCAAUGGUAGUUUAUGCAAUGAUGUGCCCAUUGACUUGAGGCAUUUAAACGAAAAUUAUUGGAGCAAUGAUCUUAAGAAGAUUUUACCAACAUUUGCAGAUGAGAGAUAUGAAAUUGAUGCUAAAGCUGGUACCAAGGGACUUUACUGGAAUGGGUUGCUUAUAUUAAUAAUAUUGUUGACUACCAAGGUUUUAAAAUAAAAUA